GUUCGGCCAGUGCAGGGGUGAGCGUAACAGGCGAGCUCUGUCCCAUCUGCCAGCAAAGUAGAGUACACUACCGCCCGUGGACCAUACGGAUAGGCCCUGGAAUUUGAAGCUAUCCCCAUCUGCAUCUGCAUCGACAGUCUGUCUCAGCACUGUCCCUCUCUUGCAUCUGAGUUCCGCCUUCUCUCUACCUUCCAUUUCCCCCUCGUAACCCCAUCGCCUCCACGGCUGCGGAUCCUCCAAGAUGCAGGCCUUCACCAGACAACUGCGACCUACCGGGUCAAUCCUGCGCCAGGUCUCCAAGAGGACGUACAGCGCCCAGUCGGGCCCCUACCAGCAGACCAUCGAGAAUCUCAGGAUCAACGGCGACACCAAGGUCAUCUUCCAGGGCUUCACUGGCAAGCAGGGAACAUUCCACGCUGAGCAGGCCAUCGCAUACGGCACAAAGGUCGUCGGUGGCACAAACCCCAAAAAGGCUGGCAGCACACACCUUGACCUUCCCGUCUUCAAGAACGUGUCCGAUGCCGUCAAGGAGACUGGCGCAACCGCCACGGGCAUCUUCGUCCCCCCACCUCUGGCCGCCGGUGGUAUCCAGGAGGCCAUCGAGGCCGAGAUUCCCCUGGUUGUCUGCAUCACGGAAGGCAUUCCCCAGCACGAUAUGGUCCGCAUCACUUCCAUGCUCAAGACGCAAAACAAGACCCGUCUCGUAGGCCCUAACUGCCCUGGUAUCAUCGCCCCCGGCCAGUGCAAGAUUGGCAUUAUGCCCGGCUUCAUCCACAAGCGCGGUCGCAUCGGCAUCGUCUCCCGCUCCGGCACCCUUACCUACGAGGCCGUCAACCAGACCACCCAGGCCGGCCUCGGCCAGAGCCUUGUCGUGGGCAUCGGCGGUGACCCCUUCAGCGGAACCAACUUCAUCGACUGCCUCAAGGUCUUCCUCCAGGAUGAAGAGACGGAUGGUAUCAUCAUGAUUGGCGAGAUCGGUGGUUCGGCCGAGGAGGACGCCGCCGACUUCAUCCGGGCGAACAACACUGUCAACGGCGGCAAGCCCGUGGUUAGCUUCAUCGCCGGUAUCUCUGCGCCUCCCGGACGUCGCAUGGGUCACGCUGGUGCCAUCGUCAGCGGUGGCAAGGGCGGUGCCGACUCGAAGAUCAAGGCGCUUGAGGCUGCUGGUGUGAUCGUGGAGCGCUCGCCCGCUGGCCUGGGCAAGGCCCUCCGUGACGAGUUCGUCAGGCGCGAUCUGCUGUAAAGCGUUCUCCAGAUUGAGAUCUCGACGACUUAAGAUGAGACACCGUGGUAGUUCGCGUGGGUUGGGUUUGUAGUAUAGGGAAUUUUGUGGAAAUGUCCACACGCGCGCGCGCACGAACCUCGCCACCAGGCCUGCAUUCUCUUGUUGAGUAGAAUACGGCGGGUGAGGAGGAUGUGGAGCGAGAGUGCACUCGAGGCACUGGAGAGGCCCGGCUGGGCAUCAGUCAAUGUAGUCAUACCGUGUUUGGCGGUGCGUUGCUUCUUCAUGUUCGGAUUUUCAUAGACUGGGUGGAAGCGGCGUCAAUGGGCAACUCACGCCAUGCCAAUGCAUUUUCUCCUAUGUCCAUGCCGCCUGGGGCGAUACACGAGCGAGCUGCAAUGGUCUUAAGAUUUAAACACGUACUUUACCUGCUCACAUUAGUGAGAGGCCAUGA